AUGUCAUUCUUUCCAGACGAUGCCUAUUUCUACCAAGGAUACGAAGGCGACCGUGAAGGUUAUGAACACGGAGGCAGAGUAAAUGAUCAAACACCACACUGUGGAAGACAAGUAUUGACAAACUCCAAUUUACUCUAUUUCGCUGGACAUACAGUCAUCAGACCUGGCAAUAUCAAAGGUGGAGAAUUCAAUCUUCAACAAUACUCGCGGGUAUGUUUGAGUAUGUUUAUAGUUUAGCGAUUACCAGUGUUUAAACUGUUCUCCCUUGAAGUCUAUUUGGAUGUAAUCUUGAAAUAAAUUAAGAGGUAGCUCUAUCAGUUGUAAACUGUUCUCCAGUGAGAAAACAACAAAGACUUGGCUAUGAAUCCGCAAAUAGAAUAUAUUUGGCCGAAAGUCUGACAAAGCAGAAUAGAGAUUUAUUUAGAUGUUGCUUGAAAUUUAAGAAGGACAAUCAAUACAAAUUUAUUUGGACCUCUAAUGGGAAAAUAUAUUUACGAAAGGAUAAUGAAAAUGUACAUCAAAUCUAAACAAGAUCUUGAAUCAUUUUAAUGUAAAUGGAUAAGUCAUAUUUUCAAUUUUAUUUCAAACAUUAUAUUAUAUACUUAGCUUAUUUAAUUUAUUUUUCUGUAUACACUGAUGACUUGUCCAAAGUGUUUAACAUCUAGUGCUUCUAAUAUGGCACCUAGAAGAACUGAAUUCUCAAACUCUUCUCUCUAUAUUUUCUCUAGAUAUGCUAUAAUAAUUUCUUUUCCUCCGCCAGAUCAUAGCGAAAAAUAGUAUUCUGGCCUCUAACCAAUUUUAAUCCAAAAAGAUUAUUUCUAGGGGCCAGUAUCCCUUAAUAUUACUUAAUUUAUCUUCUAUAUUUUCUUAAAAAAAUUGUAAUUACUUAUGUCAAUCAAGGGAAAAUAAAUUGUUGGUGUUGUUGUUGUUUUGUUACUAAAGAAAGACUUAAGCUAACAUUAGUUACACAGAAUAACUCAGUUCUAAUCAACAAGCUUUCGUUGGUAGGGAUGCAACUAUACCUGAAAUUCUCCUUAGGUAGUUGCAUCCCUACCAACGAAAGCUUGUUCGUAAUUCAGUUCUAGACUUUUCUCCCAAGUGUUCCAGCUAGAGACUGUCAUCGUCUUUCAGUGUUGCUACAGGAGGAAACUGGAGUAUUCGGAGAAAAAGUACGGCAUUUGUGAGAGUGAGACUGGAAUGUACAUUUGACUGAAGUAUAAUCAAACAACCGCAUAUUGCUGAAAUCGAACCACAGCCACAGAGGGGGGGGGAGUCACAUACAUUAGAGACCUUACGACUUCAGGACGGCAACGCGACGGCGACGGCCAAAACAAACUCCUUCAAAUAAAUGGUAGUAAAGAUAGUUCGUGGUAUAUUAUCAAUCGUACGAAUUUAAUACAGUUUUAGAAGUUGAAGACAUGGGUUUUAUGUUUGGGAAGAGUUCUGCUAAACCCAGUUCGAAGUUGCACUUGUUGCGGCUUGGAAUACAGCCGUUGUAUCAAGACGUGAAAAUCUGUGAUUUAGCGUUGUAAACAGAGCGAGGACUUAAUUAUUCAUAUAUUGUAAUUACUCAAUGAUCUAUUGUAUUGGUAGCCGUUGCCGUCGCGUUGGUCUCCAUUAACAUCCUUGUACGCGCAUGGGCAGAAUAGUUACAUUUAAAGAUUCAAACUCGUUCAUUUCUCUCUUUCAGGUUUGUUACGCAUUCAAAGGGCGACACUGGAUCACUGAUAGCCGCACUGUAUCACUGAGAAUCUACAUGAAAUACACGGAUAAACAAGGAACACAGAGAUAUACAAAUCUUUACCACUACGAAACCGCUAUUCCUCAGCUCUGGCAAUACGUGUGUGUGAAUUUGAACGAACUUGCAAUGGCCAAUACUAAUCUUUGGGGCAACAGACAAACGGGAUCCAUAAUGAAUGUGACACACAUCUACAUCUAUGGUCACGUGAUGGUGGAUGAUUUUUGGAUUGGAAGUACACCCGUGUCAGGUAACUGGUUAAGCUGUGGACUUUCGGGUUUUUACUGGAUGUUGGUGGCACAGUGAUUAAUGCAUGUGCGUUUCACGUGACCAGAGUUCGAUCAUUUAAUAUGCAGAAGAAUUCUUCCUGUUUUGACAAACUUCUGCACUAGGUCUUCUCCGAGUUCCAGGGAGAACGGUUUAAAACUGAUAAUCCAGCAUAAAGUUAGCUAUGUUAAGGGUUUCUUCUUUUGUAACAAUGAACCAAUAAGAGAUGGCCCUUACUGGACCUCUAAGAAAAAUAGUUUAGAACUGAUAGAGGUAUUAUAAAAUUGUGAGUGUCAGCUUAGUUGUCGGGAGAUACCCAUUUGAAUACCCGAAUUGACCAUUGGAAAUAGCAUUCUAGAGAUAACAGUUCAUGCAGUAAUAUUUACAGCAGCAAAACUACAGCUGUAUGAUUGUUAUGAUUGUUUAGUUUUAAACAGAAACGUUGCAGCUCAUCCAAAUGGCCAUUGGAUCAAAACAUUUAGCGUCAAAAAGUUAUCAGAAAACUCGUUCAAACUUGAAAUGAUUGUGGCAUAUUGUGGCAACGAUAUCCCACUGAUCUCGAUAGAAGGUGUUCCAAGCACGGAUGGUGAUCAGCAAAGCCGGUUCAAUUUCACAGAUAUUGAUGCAACGAUCAUGGUGACACGUAACAAGGCUGCAAGCCCACCGUUGACCGGGACUUUUGAUAUAACAUUUGGAAAUAAAACCAUCAGAGGUAUACGUCAAAUUGGUAUUACAUCCACGCUAUUUCCGUACUGUAUUCAAAGACAUUAUGCAAAUUACAAUGAGUAUGGAAAUUGGAAUAUGAGCUGAAAAUACUCGGAAUAUCAACAUCUUGUAAACUCAAGACUCCAGCUAUUUAAACAACAAAAUUCAAGUACUAUUUCGAUUUGUUUCAAUAAGUCAAAAUAUUACUAUGAUUACCAUUAUUAUCAUAAUUUUUUAUCACAUACAAAACCACCGACAUGGUAGUGAUUUUCCUUUGUCUUUUCCUCAUGAAUUGUUAAUGAGUUUUUUAACGAUACGAGGCGAAGCCGAGUAUCUUUUAAUAGGUCUGAUAAAACACGCAAUGCUAAUGUUUUAAAUUGCUUCAAAAACGAUCUAGUUCAUUGGCGAAGUAAUUUUCAAAAAAUAUGUUGUGUAAGUCGAGAAAAUCAAAGUUAAAGCUUAUGUAAACCAAGGGAAAUCUCUAUCACAUGAUAAAGAUACGACACGCGCUUAUGAUUUUCCUUUGUGUUUUCCUCAUGAAAUUCAUGAAUUAUUGAGUUUUUGAAGCAUUUUAAACAUGUACAGUGUAUAUCACAUGUCAAUUCAAUUUCAGAUAUCCAACUCGGCACAACAGCUGAUCAAAUGAAAACUCUACUUGAAACAAACUUCGAUGUCGGCCAACUCAAAAUCUCUAUUUCCAACGGCUACCCCAAGUGUAACCAUUAUAGAUGGAAGGUCGAUUGGCUUACUAAGUCAGGCAAACAGCCAGAUUUGAUAAUCAAUGCAAGCAAAGUUAUGGGUCAUAAUAUCCAAGUACGAAAUAAUAUUAGAGAAGGUGGACUGUUCUACAAGAAGAUUCCAGGCGAGUUUUUACGAGUGAUCACUAAAGAACCACAGAUGAGCGGGCUAGGUUUACAAUAUCAACAAAUAUCAAGAUUUUUGGCCGUCUCGCUUGACAGAACUAAUAGAAGCAGCUGUAAAAAAUGCAACUAUAGGCAGACCUUUGGAGUCAUUAAUCAUCUCUCACAUGAAGACAAUUUGAAGAAAUCUCCCACAUUCCUUGUGUUUUACCCGCAACGCAGUAGUGUUGGGAGUGUCACCAGAACAAACUAACAAAUCAUUUAGACACAUGUCGAUUGAUAUCUUUUGCACAGCUGAGCAAGAGUGCUCUGAAUGCAGUCUUAGUUUCAAGGUUCUCUUAAACGAAGUGCUCGCAGCAAUCCCUUAGUCCCCGCUAGAGAUUUCGUUGAGCUCAUGUUUAUUGUCAGCUCACGUCACACGCAGAAAAAUCACAAAUAUUGUAAUCUCCCUCAUUUUAUGCACCACACCUUGGCAGGCCUGUAUAGGCCCUCGGAAUGGCAGGAAUCAAACCAGCGGCCCUGCGAUCCGGUGCGACGCUCUAAACCACUGAGCUAGAGUCUUCCAGUUUCCAUACGUUCCUCCCAAUCUUUCAAAACGUUUCUUAAAUAACGUGCAAAUAUCUUUUAGGUCGUAGUAAAAGUGAACGAUCUGGUAGCAAGCUGCAUGGGUGGAGAAUGUUCAUACCACCAUCUGACAGAGAGAACACCAGUAGUGACCAAUGUCAGCACUACAUCUGGUGGGGCUGGUACCUCGGUCACUGUCACAGGGACUGUGUUCAGCAACAACGCUAGUGACGUCACUGUUACUAUGGGCAACGUGGAGUGUACUGUGCUGUCAAGUAGCGAAACUGAAAUCGUGUUUAUUUUAGGUUCGUAUAAAAUGGGAAAUAUUGGAUAUUCUAUCUGAACUGUAUUUGAAAACUAUUUUAUAAAAUUCCUUUUAAUGUUUUACGGAGGUAUAUAGUCUCCGAGUGCUCUCGAGUUGGUAAAGGUCUAUGCAUACAAACUUAAAACCUAUGGAUAUCGGGCAUUUUCGGUAGCUGGGCCAAAACUAUGGAACACACUUCCAGUGGAUAUUAGAUCUAUAACUGACAUUAAUACUUUUAAAUCGAAAUUAAAGAUUUACCUUUUUAAAUUGGCCUACAACAUAUGACUCAUAAUUACAAGAUCAAUUUUAUUUACUUAUUUUAAAUAAUUUUAACACCAUUUAUAUAAAAGAUGUGUAAAAUAGUAUAUACGUGAUUUGAAAAUGUAAAGCAAAUAGUAAUGUAUAAGCGCUAUAGAAAUUUUCUUCUUUUUAUUAUUAUUAUUUGCAUUCAACGAGAAUAUUGUGUUUCUGUUUCACAGCUAACGAAGUCAACCCUGGCGUUCAAGAACUCUCGAUCAAUAUUCACAACAAGGGCUACGCGCUCUUCCAACAGCCACCAAUCUUCUUCAUUAUUGUGAAUAUCCAAUCUGUGACCCCAUCGAGUGGGGGUACCGCUGGAGGCACGCAUGUCACUAUUACCAGUAUGUCCAUAUUGAUCCCUCGUUAUCCUUCAUUAUGUUAUGUAGUUAAGGAUAGGCAUAACGUGAAAGUCUGGAUCUAGUUCUAACUGCUGAGAUUUCCCAAUAUUGUUUUUAAUAAAAGUGAAAUAAUAUUACAGUUUCUGUUUGGUCUGUCCGAUUAACCAAUCAGAUGCGUUUGAUAUAUCCGAUUAACCAAUCAGAUGCGUUUCAUAUAUCAGAUUAACCAAUCAGACGCGUUUGAUAUAUCAGAUUAACCAAUGAGAUGCGUUUCAUAUAUCAGUUUAACCAAUCAGAUGCGUUUGAUAUAUCAGAUUAACCAAUCAGAUGGGUACUAAGCCAGUGAGAGGUAACGGUAGCGGCAGUCAAAUCUGAACUCUAUAUUUUUGAAGAGACUCCGAAAAAAUAUACGUGAGAAUAAAGUUGGCACAUAAGAAACUAUCUGUAUUACAUGGUUGUACGUAUAUUUGAAAGCUAUGCAGAAGUAUGACUGUAGUUGCUAAUCAAUCUCCCUUAAUAUACGUUUUGGUUUUGGGACAAAUUUAAGUCUUUCAGUAACAAUCGGUGGAGUUGAAUGUGCAACUGAAUCAGUGGAAACAACGAUUAUUAAAUGCACCACUGGCCCACACUCGGCGGGUGUGUUCGAUGUUGUCGUCUCACCACAGGCGGGCGGUCAAUAUACGUUCAACAACGGUUUCACAUACGACGAUUCGGUUCAACCAAGGAUCACCAACAUUAACCCAACUCAGGGUCCUACCUAUGGAGGGAUUGUGUUGACCAUCACCGGGACAUCAUUCCCCAACGUAUCUGAUGAAGUCACAAUUAGUAUGGGUGUCAGCCGCUGCGAGGUUCAGACUGUCUCUAGUACGGAGAUAACUUGUGUGGUGCCGAACAACCCCCCUGGUACUGUCGAUGUGGUCGUUGAUACCCAAAAUAAAGGUGAGACUUGCCAGGAUUCUAAUUUAAGUCGAGUGUGGAUGCCUAAAACGUCUGAUACUUACCCACACACCUUACAUUGGCAUCGCCUUAGUAUAUAUAAAUGAACUUGCGGUUAGAGCUCGACAGCUGGCCUCAGAAGCUCAGUUGGUUAGAGUACUGCACCGGAAUCGCAGGUUCAAUUCCUGUCAGAGGGUCUAUAGCUGCAUUUUUCACAACUGCGCCUGGUUAGGUCUAAUAAAUACUUAACAAAUUGAUAGGAUAUUUGUUCUUCCCACAUCAUGUCAUAUUGUGUAUAUAUAACUGAACAGACAACGGCAAAAUCUUGUCUAUUUGUUUUAUAUAAUAAAAGGAAAAACCCCGAAUGGACCCAUUCCCUAAUGAACAAAAUUUUUAUCUCGACAUGUCUAGACAAAAAUUUCAUCGCAGCUCGAACGAGCGUCACAAAAUUAGUAAUAUUCCGAAGUUUCGUUGCGAAAUGUUGUAAAAUGCGGAUAAUAUAGCCCUGCGAAGUUUGCCGUUUUACAGUCAUUUUGUAUUACGCACGGGAAAUUGAUACCGCUUUCUGAAAAAAGGUAUAAAUUUCCCGUGUGUAAUACAAAAUGACUGAAAAACGGCAAACUUCGCAGGGCUAUAUUAUCCGCAUUUUACAACAUUUCGCAACGAAACUUCGGAAUAUUACUAAUUCUGUGAUACUCUUUCAAGCUGUGAUGAAAUUUUUGUCUCGACAUGUUGAGAUCAACAUUUUGUUCAUUAGGGAAUAGGUCCAUUAAACAGGUAAAUAGCUUACUUUUUAUCCACCCAAACAUUUGGAAAUUUUACAAAUAUCACGCGUACAUGAUCUAUACAAAUAAGGAAAUGCUAUUGGCUACCUUAAUUGUGAAUUGUGACGUAAUCCCGUGCGUCUGUCCUCUAAUAAAUCAUGGCUAUCGACCAAUGAAAGCGCGCUUGAAUUCUUAACGUUAUUAUAUAAAAUUCUAUAUUUUACCAAUUUUCUAUGACCAUAUAGGACGAGCUUCCUUGAACGGUACCAAUGCCGUGUUUACCUCCGUGUUAUCUGUGAGUGGUGUUACGCCAAACAGAGGAUCGCUGAAUGGUGGCGCUGUUCUUACCAUUGCGGGGCAAGGAUUCGGUACCAACAUCACAGACAACAUGGUGAUGUUAGGAGACGUGCCAUGUGACGUCAUAGAAAGUACUGAGAGUGAAAUGAAAUGUAGAACGUCAAGUGGAGGAAGGGUUGCGGAGGUAGACAACUCCGGCUCUCAUCCAGGUCAGUCUCGUGAAAGAAUCCAGAUCAUGAAGAAAUCAAGGGCGCUUUCCAUUAACACGGCCAGACCGGUCAGAACAGUCAAAUUGUUGAAUGGAACACAAAACAUUUGGGCUCCGGACCUACCUGACCGGAAAAUUUAGAUAACAUUAGAAUGAGGUCAUAUAUUUGAGAAACAUAGACCAGAUCUUUCCAUUGAUACAGAGAAAAGAAUUCGGUUCUGACCGGUCAGGCCAUUAAAUGGAAAGCGCCCCAUGUUUUAUGUGUUAACGGUCUGUACCAGGGUGGAUAGUAACGUUAACAAGACAUUGAUAUUUAUUCAAAAUAUUUUGUUUUUAGAGUUUGGAAUUGGUUAUCAAUGGGAACCAUCUACAGUCACUAUUAGAGUUGGCGAUAGAAUCAAGGUAAUAUAUAUGAAUCUGGCUCGAUAAGGACAUUCUUGUUCAAUUUCAUAGGAGUAGCACCCUUGAUAAUAAACACAAUGUCUUUGGCUAGUACAAUCUCGAAUAGCCUUGGACAUCCGAUGUUCUUUUAUAUAAUAACAACAUGUUCAAUUUCCCUCUUUCGUCACCUAGUGGAGUUGGGCAGCACCAGUUUCAGUUGCUGUCGAAUAUGGAGUGCACCAGACCCAAGAUAACGCAUCUACUGACUACGAUGGGACAGGAUUCAUCAGUAAACGCGGUUCCAAUGGAUCAUUCACGCACCAGUUCUACAGGCCUGGAACGUAUUAUUUCUCAAGCGGAUUCAUUGAUCAAGGCGGAUUCUUGGACUUGAAAGGAAUGGUUGUAGUCCAACCAGCAUUGUCACAUGUGGUGAAUGUUGAUGCGAAAGUGAAUGGUAAGGAUUGGUGUCUUGUUGUGGUAACUUAUGUCGUAGUGGAUAGGCUGGAGGUGGUGGGGCGGGGGUUCACAGUAAUUAGUGCGUGUACCUCUCACUUCUGUGACCAGGGUGUUGUUGGUUUCACAGCGGUUAGGACAUGCACUGAGAAGAGCGAUUCCAGUUUGAUCUAUCAAACCAUCGCACGUUUCUUGAAAACUAUACUUAUUAAGGAUCGCCAUUACUAGACAGCCAGUCUAAAUAGAGUUACUGUACAUUAAAGGCUGAUGUUCAUUUUAUUUGAUACAACGAGGAGAUAAAUCUAGUGAGUUCUACAUAUUAACAGAUUCCUCGAGUGAACAUUCUUGAAACACUGGGAGAAAACGUCAAACAAUUUCUUAAUGACUCGAAGUAAUUUCGCUAGGCAGACAAUAUAUAAACCAGCGCGUAAACCAUGUGUAGAGUACUACGACCCGCAUGCUCCUCACUUAGUAAUAUCAAAUAUUUUCAUAUUUCAGCGUUUACCGCCUCACACGAAUUGAAAGGCGCCGUAGCUGACGAAUCUACAGAAAACUGCAGUCAAGCUGCUGCAAAAACGAAAGACGGUGUUCACUUCGCUUUCACUUUCUCAACAUGUGUGACGGCCAUCGUCACAUCUGUGACACCUGCGUCUGGUGUUAACACUGAUCCCAUAACUAUCACAGGCACUGGAUUCAGUGCAGUGAACAGCGAGAACACUGUAAUGUUUGGCAAACACUCUUCAUCUUGUACCAUACUAAGCAGCAGCACCACCCAACUAACUUGUCUCCUAAACACCUCAAGUGAGCCGCAACCUUGGGGAAAACUGCCAGUGUCUGUGGAGGUUGGUGGUAUUGGACGGGCACUUAUAGCGCCGAAAGAAAACCAAACUACGUGGUUUGAGUUCGUUCCUUCAUUGGAGUCGAUUACGGAACGAUCCGGUUCACAUUUAGGCGGAACACAGACCAUUGUAGGCGGCCAAGGAUUCGUUGAUGGCAUGAAUGUAACUUUAGGCCGAAGUGACUGUAAAAUAACCAGUUUAUCAUACACUCAAAUUGAAUGUAUUACUGGGCAAUCGUUCGAAGAAAGUAUUGAUGUAACAGUAUCUCGAGUCGUUGAAAUGGUCUUCAUCAGAGAUAAUGUGGAACUUAAAGCAGCAUGCGAAGACGAAGGUGAAUGUAUUUAUCUAUACAAUCAAGAUCGAACACCCAGGAUUACAGCUCUUAGUCCAACCACAGUGAACACGCCGGAAACAGUACUGACAUUUGAUGGAACACGGUUAAGUGAUACUGUAUCUGAUGUUACAAUUACAGCAGGGGGUGUGAAUUGUGCAGUACAAACCGCGAGCUUGACUGAGAUAACCUGUACCCUACCUGGGUUACCAGUUGGGAAACACCUUGUUGUGGUACAUAUUGGGGGUAACAAAGGUUAUGCAAGAUUUGCAGAGCCAGUGAACAUCACCAGCGAAGCAACACUAACAAGCUUCUCACAUACACAGGGAAGUAUAAACGGUGGUUUACUACUUACAGUAAACGGUAACGGGUUUGAUCCGAACGGGCAAACCGUAGUACACAUUCGUGAUAAACAAUGUAAGAUCGUUGAUGUUACAGCUUCAGUUAUACGAUGUAAAACACCGAUGCAAGAAGAAGGUUCGUUCUUGGUACAGGUCUCAUCAAAUGGAGUACAGUUUCCGUUUCUAUUUACACCAUUUGCAACCACUGCGGCUGCCACACCCGUGGUGAAUACAAUACCAAACGCAGGCCGCUCUGGUGAAAGUAUCAACAUACAAGGUUCUGGUUUUGCAACACAGCCAUCAAAUAACCAUGUGAAGAUCGGUGGUACACCAUGCGAGGUGACAGCAAGUACUACAGGCUCAAUCGAUUGCACCCUUGCUGCAAAACCUGCCGGCAACUAUCCUGUCGUUGUUCACGUCGUCGGUAAAGGUCUUGCAACAACUGGAAUGAAUUUCACCUAUCAGCUAAAUAUUGAUACGGUAUCGCCUGACGAAAGCGGGUAUGGUGGUGGAAAGCUAAUCACCAUAGCUGGUUCUGGAUUUAGUCGUGGAAGCAUGGUGAAAAUUUGUGGUACCGCUUGUGAAAUUGCUAAAGACCAUAUGGUGAAUGAUACAGAAAUUCAAUGUAAAGUACCAGUAAAAAUACAGUCAGCUCCCGGAGUGGAUGACAGCUGUGACGUAGUUGUAACCAACUCAGAGAAUAUGGUAGAAACGACCUCAUCAUCAGCGUACACUUACAGAGACCAAUUGACUUCCACCAUCACGAGUGUUUCACCAUCACGAGGCGGUACUGGUGGUGGUGUGGUACUUACCAUUACUGGUUCAGGUUUCAGUACUACACCGAGCCACAAUAAAGUUACCAUUGAUAGUACCAUGUGUAUGGUGAUUUCUGCAACAGCCACAGAGAUACAAUGUACGACCGGUCAACACCACAGAAUCAUCAAAACAAAGGUUCGGGUAGACGUUGGCUCAAAUGGUACCGCAGUUCAAGCGAAUGCUGAUUUUUACUAUGUUGAUGUUUGGUCAUCCAGGUAUACUUGGGGUGGUCGGGAUCCUCCAAUUGAAGGUGGAUAACUUUAAUUUUUUUCAAAUAAAAAUUUUCGUUGAUAAGUUGAGUUAAUUAGUGCUUACUGAAAUCCACGAGUAUGUUCUUCUAACAUUUUUAAAAAUAUUUCUUACAGGUGAUUUUGUGGUAAUAAAUGAAAAUCAAACCAUGGUACUUGAUGUGGAUACACCAGUGUUGGCGUUCUUGUUGAUAAAAGGUGGAACCUUCAUGUUUGAUGAUGAAAGAGACAUCCAUCUUCACAGCAAUUUCAUCUUGAUCACGCAUGGUGGUUCAUUCAUGGUCGGUACAGAAGAAGAACCUUUCCAACAUAAAGCAACCAUAACUUUGCAUGGUCAUGUCAGAUCUAAAGAGAUUCCAGUGUACGGUGCGAAGAGCAUCGGUCUCAGAGAAGGUUACCUUGGACUGCAUGGACAACAUGUGCUGCACACGUGGACAGUUAUCAUGGAAACUGUAAAUCCCGGGGAAACUACCUUGAAGUUGAAAGAUGCUGUCACGUGGAAGGUAGGUGACAAGAUCGUGAUUGCUCCCACAGGAAAGAAUAUCCGAGAACAUGAGGAGGUGACGAUUGUCGGAGUUCAACAAGCUGGAAAGGUCAUUCAAAUUUAUCCACCAUUAAAAUACAGACAUAUCUCAAUUGAGCAAACUUUCGCUGGAAGAGUGAUCGAAACGCGAGCUGAAGUUGGUUUGCUUACAAGAAAUGUAGUGGUGCAAGGUUUGUCACAAACUUAAUAUUACAUAAUAACAACAAUACACACAUAGUAAGAUUUACAAAAUUGACACAACAUGCUUUGACUCAAAACUAUGAUUCCAAUCCCCAAAUAAAAAUAAUCAUAUAGCUGAUGACUUGACGAAACCUCGUGCAUUCUCUGUGUAUGCAUGUGUGUACCACUCACAGUAACACGCCUUUUGCAUGACGUCACAAAUAUGUCAAAGCAAUUAAAGACUGGACUGGAUGGCAUGAAAAAUAAUUUUCAAAACAAUGAAAAGUGAAAACAACCGAUUGUUGUCCAUAAAACGUCAUCUACAUUAUAAUUAAUUUCUAGGCUCGGUACAUGAUGAAUGGAAAGGCACAAUCGAAGCUUGUCCAGCUGCAUUCGAGCCAGGACAGUUCCAAACACAGACCUGCUUCCAGGGCAGGUUUGGUGAGAAGCCGGACAGUGAUGGAUUUGGAGUUCAAAUAAUGAUCCAUGCCCCAGUCAAAAGCGCGGGUAUGGUGACAGCACAUUUUAAUCACGUUAAAGUAAGGCAUGCAGGUCAAGCAUUCAGGAUUGGGAGAUAUCCCAUACAUUUCCACGUGAGCGGAGAUGUUGAUGGCUCCUAUGUAAAAGGAUGUAGUAUUCAUCAUUCAUUUAAUCGCGCUGUUACGAUGCAUGGUAUAAACAAUCUGCUGGUUGAACGGAAUGUAUUUUACAACGCAAAAGGAAAUGCUUUCUUUAUGGAGGAUGGUAUUGAAAUUGGAAAUGUCAUUCAAUAUAAUCUAGGUAUCUUUGUGACCUCCUCCACUUCAACAUUGAACGUGGACGUGACUCCAGCUUCGUACUGGGUGACGAAUGCGAACAACACAGUGCGACAUAAUGUUGCUGCAGGUAAUCAUAAUCAUAAUAGAUUGCAUACCUCUGCCAAUAAAAGACAAGUAUUCACGUACAAAUUAACCCAUUGACUAAAUUCAUCUGAUUGGUCUAUUUUUAUCACGUGAUCGUUUUUAUAUUCAUUAGUAUAAAAGCCCACGCUACUUUUCCCUCUUCCUUAUUAAUUUUUCCUCUUCUUUGCUAAUUUUUCCUUUCCUUUUCCUGGAAAAUCAUCUCAAUUUGGACGAUAGGCCUUUGUGUUUAAGAGCGACUGUCCGUAAAAAUCGAGCAAAAUUUGAAUUCUGCGGCAAUACACGAAAAAUAGAUUUCGUUCAUAUUUUGCUCAAAUUAAGGUAAUACCUAGUUAUAAAUGGUGUUUGGGUUAGAUUUUCAAUAUUUGGUCGAUAAACGUACAAAUAUCAGAAAUCAAGAAUUUGUCUCCAGGAGGCUAUAAUUAGCCGCAGACAAAGCCGCUGCCAUGGUCAGUUUCAUCACUUCGCGACGGAUUCAAAACUGCCCAUAGAUAGUUUUGAUGGUAUAAUGACUAUAAUUCAAGUAUUAAAGAACAAUUGUAUCAAUAUGGACUGGCCCAGGAGGCUUUAGCUGGCCUGACAGACGUUGUUGAAAUUGACUAUUUUUAGUCAAAUUUGAGAAUUGCAUUUUGUCACUGGAUUUGAAGGGGAAAUUUACUAUGUGCGAUAAUCGUGAAUUUGUUUAUAUUUCAUCCACGGAAUGGCAUAGCAUGAGUACAUGUUAUAUAUAAAAACUAACUUGGGUUAUUGCCUCGGAGCCUCACGCGAGACUUUUAAAAAAGCUCAUUUCGGUGAUUUUCAGUGGAAUGUAACACAAUUAAAUCAUUAAGCCCAUACGUCUAUACCAGAGUCACGAAGCUCAAAUUGUUCAAAACUUUGAAUUUUGUGUUUCGAUAUCAAUGUAUAUGCUUUGUAUACAUUAUAACGAAUCGUUUAGAAGGAUUUUCAAUAUAUUUUAGUGAUAGGCCUACUUACAACAAAAGCACAACAAAUCAUCAUAUCAUUACUAGACUGUAACGUUGCUAUUUAUAGCAAUUCGCGUGUUGUUACUGAGGCCCCGUUUACACUAUACCGGAUUGCUAUCGGAGUGGGUGAAAUUUUGUAGGUAUCGAAAGGCUGUGAAGAUUUUUAAUCUCAGAGACCCAAAUAAACAUGACAAUUCUAUCAAACUAUUAAGCAUUUGCUACUAACCAUUGCUCCGUAACGGCAAAAGAAGAUGUCGUGACCAGCGAAUCCGGUAUAGUGUAAACAGGGCCUGAUUGUAUAUUUAAUACUGUAUGUCUGCAGUCUGUAAGCUUUUGAAGUCUUAUAAUUUCUCAUUUUUGUUUAAUGCUUUCUCUGCAUAUGUAAACUAAUAGAAUUAAAGCUAGGUAAAUACAAUAAAAGUACAUAGGCCUAAGUUGAAAGGUUAAUUUACUAUGUGCGAUAAUCGUGAAUUUUUUUAUAUUUCGUCCACGGAAUGCUAUAGCAUGGAUACAUGUUGUAUAUAAAAACUGGCUUGUGUUAUUGCCGUGGGGCCUCACGCGAGACUCUUAAAAAAGCUUAUUUUGCGGUAGUUCAGGCGACAGUCAGGUAGUCCGUUUCAGACCAUGUUACGAUAUAUAUUUACAAAGCAAAUCUAUAUACCUAUGAAUAUAUAAAUAAUUUUAAAAUGUUUGUUAGUGGAUUCUGGGAAAUAAAAUCAACGCCAAUGUUGAGCGCUUUAUCAUGAAAAACUAUAGCUGUCAACUGAAUAACAACUGUAUAAAAUUUAUAGCUGCCUCACUGCUCGUAUAUAUAUAUAUAUAUAUAUAUAUAUAUAUAUAUAUAUAUAUAUAUAUAUAUAUAUAUAUAUAUAUAUAUAUAUAUAUAUAUAGGCCUAUAUAUAUAAAAUAGAAUUAUAUGACUGUCUAUAAACAACAAGCAAUGUUAUUUUUAAGUUUACGUUUUAUAUUGAUGGGGGAUUAAGUAAAAACAAAAAAGUAAACUACAAUAUUAAAAGGGAAACGACAAAACGCGGACCCCAGGUCCAUGGACUACCUUCGUGGACCUGGUCCAUGGACUACACUCGUGGACCACGGACCACUCCCGUGGACCACGGACCACUCCCGUGGACCACUCUUGUGGACCACUCUCGCGUGGACCACUUGCGAAAUUUCGCCUACCGAACAAUAGACCAUUUAGCACUAUUAUUCCGAGUUUAGGGAGCCGAGAUUGGCGAGAACUAUUUCAUUACUCAUUUCCAUUAUUUAUUACACAAUCAAUUCAGUUUUUGUUGAUGAACAGUGAAUACUUAAAGUCUGUAAAAAUGCUGAAAAAAUGUAGUCAGGGUUCCAUUAAAAAAUAUAGGAAUGCUGUGGAGAAUCUGGAGGGGAGGGGGGGAGGAGGGAGGAGGGGGUAAAGGAUUUUACUGAAUUAUUCGAAUUUUACUGUUAAAAAAUCACUUGAACUGUAGAAGUCGUAAGUUGCAAUGACCUUUCAAUGCCUGAAGGUCCUCUCCCAAAAAUAUUAAUUUUUGAAGCUCAAUUACUGCUUUUCUUGCAUUUCCUGUAGCGAUCGAGAAAAAAAACUACCAAUUUUAAGGGCAUAAUUCGGAAACUUUGCAUUAAAGUCGUAAUUGCACACUUAUAUUUUAGAACGGUCAUGUAGUGAAUGGAUUUAGAACUUCACAUUUUGUGUAAAGUUUCCACAAUGAUAAUAAUGACUGAACUCGACUCGAGCACAUUUUUGCAUGCACAGUCAAGAAUUCAAACCCCAAAAAUUAUCUGGUGUCUCGCAAGUGGUCCAUGAGAGUGGUCCACGAGAGUGGUCCACGAGAGUGGUCCACGAGAGUGGUCCACGAAGGUAGUCCACGGACCAGGUCCACGAAGGUAGUCCACAGACCUGGGGUCCGCAUUUUGUCGUUUCCCAUAUUAAAACAGUAGCUAUUAAAGCAGAUCUUUGUAAAUGAUGGCAAAACAUCGAAGUUGCUCCUUGUCGCUUCCAUUUUGAGUUUUUGACAACCAUUUUGAGUUUUUGACAGUUUUUAUGUUGCUCAUGUACAUAUAUCUUUUUCUUCAAGUUGUAGCAUAUGUAGAAGAAGGUCACCUGUGGGUGCACACAAACUGCGAGGCAGCGAGGCAAUGGCAAGCCCGCGAAGCAUACGAGGCAUGCGACUGAUGCGAGGAAGGCUGCAAGGCAUGUGAGGCAAUCCCGCGAGUCCUGACGGGCCUUUUUUUCUACUGCCCUUGGGCCAUUGCUUUCCCUUGGUUUAAAUGCAUUUCCAAAUUACCCAGAAAUUCGUUUAUAAAACCUUAUCGAGUUUGUAUGAACGUAGUUUUUCAAUUGACAGAUGAACAACGCAAAAUAGUUAAUAUUCCAUAAUUUUUAGUGAAGCUUGUCACUUGUUGAGCUAUUGUCUAGGUUAAUGUUUACUUUUUGACGUUUUGACUGGAGUGCUGUAGUUAUUUAAAACUAUAAUGUACAGACAGAACUUUUUAAUAUUAAAACUAGAAUGUCGUUCACAUUUGUCCGUUUGUCCAGCGUCAAGUUAAGUAUGUUCAAUAUGUUAAAUAUCGUCAAAUUUUGGAGUCAGUCAUUGUGUCUGCCUCCCACUGGCACAUCUGCCUGACUCGCACUUUUUUUCAUGCCUCGCACUUUUUUUCAUGCCUCGCACUUUUUUUCAUGCCUCGCACUUCUACCUCGCAUGCUUCGCACUUUUUUCCAUGCCUCGCAUCGUGCAUCAUAUGCCUCGCACUAUAGUAAAACUCGUCACCUGUUUGUUAGUUUCGUAACAGGAGAGUCCAGAAAAAUGUCUUGCGUAAAGUGUAAACAUAUACAUGUUCCAACUUAUGUACUUUUAUUGUAUUUAUCUAGCUUUAAUUUUAUUUGUUUACAUAUGCAGAGAAAGCAAUAAACAAAAAUGAGAAAUUAUAAGACUUCAAAAGCUUACAGACUGCAGACAUAUUAAAUAUAUAUUCAGUAACAACACGCGAAUUGCUAUAAAUAGCAACGUUACAGUCUAGUAAUGAUAUGAUGAUUUGUUGUGCUUUUGUUGUAAGUAGGCAUUUCACUAAAAUAUAUUGAAAAUCCUUCUAAACGAUUUUUUAUAAAGUAUACAAAGCAUAUACAUUGAUAUCGAAACACAAAAUUCAAAGUUUUGAACAAUUUGAGCUUCGUGACUCUGGUAUAGACGUAUGGGCCUAAUGAUUUAAUUGUGUUACAUUCCACUGGAAAUCACCAAAAUGAGCUUUUUUAAAAGUUUCGCGUGAGGCUCCAGGGCAAUAACCCAAGCUAGUUUUUAUAUAUAACAUGUACUCAUGCUAUACCAUUCCGUGGAUGAAAUAUAAACAAAUUCACGAUUAUCGCACAUAGUAAAUUUCCCCUUCAAAUCCAGUGACAAAAUGCAAUUGUAAAAUUUGACUAAAAAUAGCCAAUUUCAACAACGUCUGUCAGGCCAGUUAAAGCCUCCUGGGCCAUUCUAUAUUGAUAAAAUUGUUCUUUAAUACUUGAAUUAUAGUCAUUAAACCAUCAAAACUAUCUACGAUCAGUUUUGAAUCUGUCGCGAAGUGAUGAAAUUGACCAUGGCAACGGCUUUGUCUGCGGCUAAUUAUAGCCUUCCGGAGACAAAUUCUUGAUUUCUGAUAUUUGUACGUUUAUCGACCAAAUAUUGAAUAUCUAACCCAAACACCAUUUAUAACUAGGUAUUACCUAAAUUUGAGCAAAAUAUGAAAGAAAUCUAUUUUUCAUCUAUUGCCACUGUUUGCUCGAUUUUUACGGACAGUCGCUCUUAAAUAUUAAAAGCACCACUAACUUCCCCAGGAAGCGCCUUCGCUCAAAACGUCGAAGUUCUCCUUGUAUUUUUCAGGUAGUUCUAUCCCUGUCAAUCCACAGUUGUCUUGUCAUCGUUGCUACCUCCGCUGGCACAAACUGUGCCUAAGCAUUCAGUUCUUUUAAACAAUUCAGAAAAGCAAGACAACCUUUUGUACAAUUCUCAUCUAAUUUUAAAUACAAGUUUAAUCCAUGUUGAUCUACGGCCAUUAGCUCCGUAAACCUUUCUCCCAUUAGACCCAUUAACCUGUUUGAUAGUUUUUAAGUCAUUUUGCUGGCAGAUAAACAUACGCAUACAAACGGUGAUUCCAAAAUUAAUCGGUUCUUCCAUUAGUAAAAUACUAAUCUUAAUCGAUAUCUAAUAGUUCACUUUAUUUCUUAACAAGGUGGAAGCCAUUUUGGUUUUUGGUAUCAAAUGUUUAAACAUCCAGACGGACCAUCGUUUACUCCAACUGUCUGCCCGCGAAAUGUGUUUAUGUUAGAAUUCCGUAACAAUACUGCACAUUCUUUUGGAAGAUACGGUUUGUGGAUCUUUCCCAUUUACAACCCGAAGAAGGAUGGCACGUGUGAUUCCACGAUAGCCGAGCCAGCCGAGUUUCACUCUUUACUAGCUUACAACAACAUGCGGGGGGCGGAAGGCGUACAGCUGGGCGCCGUACGAUUUGUAGAUUUUAUCGUGAUGGACAACGAUCUCGCGGGGAUUGAAUAUAUCGACGCUGAUAGCGAUGAUGCCCCGUGGGGUGGUGCCAUGAUUAAAGACUCACUCGUCGUUGGACAUAGUCUGUUAUCGGAAGGAUUGCCGAAUCGUAUUUCAACGAACAGAAACUGCACUGAAACGGGACUAAAGCUGCCCAAGACUUCACGGUUGACAAUAUCUAAUGUGACCAUGGUGAAUUUCGAUUACGAAACAUGUGUAACAAUGGAGGCUUGCGCUCACUGCAAAAUUUUCCAAGGCGGUUCGAUGGUUAAGCUGGAGAAAAUGUCAUUCAUUAAUUCGCCCAGACGGACAAAGUUCAAAUGGCAACACGAAGUUGUACUGAGAGACUUAGAUGGAACUUUGACAGGUAAAUGAGAACAUAAAUAAUUGGCAGAGCGCUGUGUCGAACUACCUUGUGUCGCCUUCAUCUGUUAAACUUGAUCCUCUGGUCGAAGACAAUGUUGUAUACUUCACCAUCGGUGCUUCCAUACGAGUGUGGGGUGAAAACAACGAGAUAAUACAUAACUUGGUCGUGUACUCGGCUUCUUACUCGACAUACAAAGGCCGCCGUGAUAGGUUUGAUAUUCAUUGGCCAGGAGCGAUUGAAACGGAAUCUGCCAUUGGAGCUGUCCUCAUUGAUAACGCAAUAGGUAGGUCAAGCAAGUAGAGGAGUAUUGUAAACGGAAAUUUCGAAUGUGAUUUUUAUACAUUUAUUAGACCUAACCAGGAGCGUGAUUUUUUUCUGUGUUGGUGUUAUGUACUCAGGUGAAUAUGAUGUUUGUGAUGUUACUCUGAGUGUACAUCCACACUGGGCAAGAAAAAUAUACCUGGCCACGGUGGGAAUCGAACCCAUAGAUAUCUUAUAUAUACUAGAUAGCACCUCUCUUUUAGUAAAAUUGAAGCCAAGAAUAUUCCAGCGGUUACACUCAUUUGAAUAGAUGGCGGCCAUGUUGGAGUUUCCCACUCACUAACGCUUAAAAAACAACAAUAACUUUCAUCAUUUGAAUAGUUUAAAAAUGUAUUUGGAAUAGGUUUAACUUAAUGUUUAAGUUCCCUGUUUAAGAAAUAGAAAACAUACGAGUCUUCUCAUUUCAUGGGAAUAUCCUGAGUCUGUAAUCACGGCUUCAAUUUUUGAAUUGCAGAAUAAUUAGAUGCACUAUCUAGUAUAUAUAAGCGAACCUACGACCCUUGGAAUACUAGCCCGUAUAAAUGCAACCGUAUGCCCUCUGGUAGGAAUCGAACCUGCGGCCCUGUGAUUCCGAUGGUAGAAACUCCUGGUAGAAACAACGGAUACUUUCACCGUACAUUACGCCAAAUUUGAACUGAUUGAACAAUACUUCACAAUCUCAAAACCGACAGAUAAGGAAGCACGGUAUAAUGAUUUCUUCAGAUUCCCUCAUAACGUAUAAUAUAAAGUGAAAAAUUGAAAAUGUUCCUUAAUCUUCUUAGCUAAGAUAAGUGUUCCCGAGGAUCCUGAGAUUUUACUUUAUUCCAGGUAUGAAAUUACUUGAGUGCGAUUCCGAAUGUGAAAUUACUUUUUCCUUAAGGUGGCAGUGAACGUAUUGGUUACAGUAUCGAUGGUGAACCGUGUGAUACUCCCAGUACAUCACCAUCAAAAUGGCGUGGUAAUACAGUGCAUGGUGCCUUGCAUGGUAUCAGCAUAUUAUACAAUCAAGGUAUACCAGGUUGUGCCAAGGUCUCCAAUUUCUUGGCGUGGAAAAACUAUGACUGGGGACUAUUCUUCUUCACCAAAUCAAGGAUGGUCAUUCAGGAUAACGUGUUUGCAGAUAAUAUUAACUCCAUCAAUGGUGUCGUUUAUGAUCCACCUGCGCUAACACAUAGGACGUCGGAUAAGUUCGUUCACAUAAAGGACACAGUGUUUAUCGGUAGAACUGCAAGUUGGGAUUGUACUAUUGAUCCUGUAGAACCAGCAACAGCGGUGGUGAAUGAUUUUCAACGCGCCUUCAAAACGCCAUCAGGUACUGUAGUGUGUAAUGCCUUCGGAUUUUAUUAUUUUUGGGAGGCAGCCAAGAUUUGUUAGUCAGUAACAUAUUUAGAUAUAGCUAGCUCUACGGCCCCUACAUGCAUUUUUGGAGUUGGUCUGUUUCUUCAUUUUAAUUCAACUAAAUUUGGUUGAGAAAUGAAGAAAAUAUAGCACUGUGAAGUUCGCAAAUUUUGUAUAUACUUGUAUUACGCGGGGUAAAAAUAACCACUUUCGACUCAAAAAGGUUAUUUUUACCGUGCGUAAUGCAAAUAUAUACAAAAUUUGCGAACUUCACAGGGCUAUAUUUUCUUCAUUUUACAACAUUUCGCAACCAAACUUUGCAAUGGUAUUCAUUUUAAGAUGCUCUUUCCAGCUAUGGUAAUGGAGUUCGUUCUUCUUGUCUAGAUCAAAAUUUCGUCUAUAGCUGGAAUAAUCCAUUGUUUGCUCUACUUCUACAUGAUUUAGUUGUUACCUUUAUCAGAAUAUGCAUUGCAAGCUUUCUAAUACAACACUCAAGCUUAGAUUGCUUUGCUUUGCUUUGCUUUGCUUUGCUUUGCUUUGCUUUGCUUUGCUUUGCUUUGUUUGAAGUGAAACAAAACUGCAUAAUGUUACCUGAAAUUGUAUUUUUGAUUUGGCAAAAGUUCAAAAAAUUGUUUUUCCUGCCUUUUUUCAAAUGAGCUGCUUUUGACCAUUUGCAGGCCACCAUUUUUGGAUGCUAAUGUGAAGCAGCCAAUUAAUUCUCUACUUCCUGUUAAGGUGGUAACAUUGGUUUAUUGAUGCCGAGUUUCAUGUCACAGGGCAGAAUGGGACCAGUUAAGAGAUGGGAUGCACAAAAUUCGUACCCAGCUAUUUAUGGCAUAACAAAACUAAUAAAUGUCACCUUUGAUUCAUUCCGGACGGGAUGCAAUGGUAAACGAGAUUCGGCAAUGAUGACAAACCCUGUUGUAGGGGAUAUUACGCAUCCAAUUACAAUGGAAGGAAUAAUUAAAUCAAACAUGGAUAAUGAAUCAAUGCUCUUCUAUACAGUGCCAACUACUCGGUAAGUCGUUAAAACAUGCUUUGGGGGGAGGGGGGUGUUUUUGAUAAUCUGCCAACAUUCACAGCCAAGAGAAUGAGUAAGGCUAAUACAAUAUGCCCCCCCCCCCCCUUGGAUGUCCCUAAAAAUAUCAAACUUUUUCUUAAUUUCUAUAAGCUACCCUCUAUUUAAGGUGAAACCCCACCCAGCCAUCCACACAUUUUGAACUGAAAUAUAAAAGUAUUUUAAAACAUGUUAAAAAACUCAUUAAUAAUUCAUGAGGAAAAUGCAAAAGAAAUCACUGCCGUGUCAGUGGUUUCAUAUCAAUCAUAUGUGAUAAAAAUCAUGUUCAUUUACAUAAACUUUAUCUUUGAUUUUCUCAGCUUAGAUAACAUUUAGUUAAAAUUACUUCGCCAAUGAACUCAUCAGAUGGGUCGUUUUUUAAGCCAUUUAAAACAUUCGCAGUCCGUGCUUUAUCAGAUAUAAAACACUCGAGCUGCGCUCUCGUGCUUUAUAUCCGAUAAAGCAAUCCUGCUCGUGUUUUAAACAUUACUAAAAAGACAUAUUUAUGAUUAAAACAUUAUACAUUAAUACUGCCAGUUUACCUUCUUUGCAAAAGUAAAGUUCGCUCUAUUUAUCACGAUCCAUUGACCAAAAGCAACAAAGUCUUUGGGAAACAAAUAAUAUUCAACAUUUCUGUGCCAAUUCCAAAUGAAACUGCAUGAAUCAACAAAGAUUUCUGUUUUAAAAUAAUAAAAUAAAAUAUCAAGCAAUAAUCAAAUCUCCCGCCAUUUUGAAUAUUCAUGAGCUAGUUCCAGGAAAUUUGUAAUUUGUCGGAUAUGCGCGUGAAAUUUGCGUGGGCUUCGUGAUUUUUGCGUGCAAGAUGGGAGGAGUAGCAAAGUUUACUUUCGAAAAUAUUAUUAUCAAAGGCAAGAUUUUUUAACAGCGACCUUCAUUUUGAGUUGUAAUAUUGUUUGUUGUUUUUAGGUGGAUUAAUCCUUCAGAUUGUGUUGACAUGGACUGCGACGGUCGACGCCAGUUAUUGAUCACAGAUAUGGAUGGCAGUUACACAGGAAAGGCUGGUGAUACGAUCGUUCCAAAGGCAGAGUACGAAUGGGGUGGUAACCCGAGGUUUGGUCUAGGUAUAAAAGUUACAUUUUUAAACUUCUCCUUAAAACAACAACAGCAAUGACAAUAGAACUACAGCAGCAGUAGCAACAGCAACGACAACGACAGUAGCAACAGCGGCAACAACAACGACAAUAACAUCUUAAACGGACAUAAUAAUAACAACAUCUUAAACGGACUAUAAUUGUAAACAGGAAUACCUCAAAAUAUUUCUAAAAUAAUUUCUAAAUUUUAGGUGACUACAGAAUCCCGACGGCAGCGCAAACAAAUCCAGAUGGAUCUCGUAUUGACAUCAACACCUAUCUUCCAAACAAAGGAAUCAUCAGAGGCAAUAACAAUCAAUGCACUUGGGUUGAAGACUGGAAAGCUUAUAAGUGUUCAGAUAUGGAUCAUCAAAUGGCCAUUAUUGAAAGUUUAGAUCCAGAUACCGAAACAAGAAGAUUGUCACCAGUUGCUAUCUUCGGUAAGAAGAAUUUUUCCUAGAGCUCCAAAGUCCUCUUGUAAAACUUACCGUUCUGGCAUUUUGGUCGCCUGGAUAUACUCCAAUUAAAUUUACAAUUUUUAUUUCCUUUCAGGUGAUAAAUACGUGAACUUGCUGAAUGGGCCUAUGGAUCAUGGAUGGUGUUUGGGUUACACUUGUCAGGAAAGAAUUUCAACCUUCUAUGGGAUUGUUGCCUCGCACAGAAACUACUCAGUUUUCUUCACCAAUACCAGCCCACAAAAGAUUCGCCUUCACUUGUUAGCAGAGCGCGAAAAAGUGAUACGGUUUGCAAUUUUCUAUAAAACUCCCCAAAGAUUGGAUAUUUAUCGGAAAGGUAUAUUUGGCUUGAUAAUUCUUCACAUGCAUCAUGCUCAACCUCAUUCAAUAAUUGUUAAUUAUCCAAUCUUUAGGUCUUUACAUCAAUCCUACCAACGCGAAACUGUCUGGAGAAGAAUUCACGUUGGAACGCAAAAAUCCCAACUUACCAAACGAUCAGUUCGAACCACAACUGUCCAGCUUCAGUGGAGCAAAUUACUGGGAUCGAGAUACAAACUUGCUAUAUGUUAUUGUUCGAGGUUCACAACCUAUUGAUAUACGAACGACUCCUGUAAUUCAGGUGGGUUUAACUAAACUUAGUUUAUAUAGUUCCAUCACUUUUAAACUGUUUUCUAUGGAGUCCGCCGUAAACCGGUCAUCACAAAGAUUUUACCAUUAUACUCUCUGCAUUCUUUGACGAGUAUUAAGCAUUUUCUAGCUAGACUGCAUUAACACAACAUCAAGAAUAGGAGGCUGGCAUCUCUUCCAAAUUGCCAAAUUCGUCGGACACAUAAUUUAUUACACAAUUCGUUCUUCACAGUUAUUAAAUUUACAAAUUAAAGAUUAUGGCUCGUGUAUUGGCAAAGAGAAUGCCUCAUUACCGCACAAUACAUAUAUAAUCGUCUCUGUGUACAUUCCGUUACGCUACAAAAUUCAUUUUUUAGGAGCAGAUAAAAACAACAGUUCUCUAAUAUGUUAUCAAUUCCUUUCCCAGGUGAAACUCGGAAUGCAACCUGUAACGGUCGAUGAAUUCUUCGAAGUAAACUUAGUUGAGAACCUAGCAGCUUUGUUAGGAAUAGAUACAUCGAGGAUUCGUAUAAUUAAUGUGUUCGGCGCCGGCGGUGGACCGAGGAGACGGCGAGAGACAGAUGAAAAUAUGUUGGUGGAAUUUGAGAUUGGUGACCCGCCUGCAGCAAGUAUAGACUACGAGGAAGGUGAUAUCUAUGACAACAGCACGGUGACCAAUACUACUGUUGAUGGUGGUGCCACACAGAACUAUACAGGUGAGUACAGGAAUGCAUGGUGGCACAGUUUUGCUCGCACCAUUCUCAUCCGAUGGCAGUACCAUCAUGGCACAGUGGUUAUUAUAUGUUCCUUUUGUAUCUGGGAUUAAAUUCGUGUCCUGCAAUAUGCAAUAUGCAAUAUGCAAUAUGCAAUAUGCAAUAUGCAAUAUGCAAUAUGCAAUAUGCAAUAUGCAAUAUGCAAUAUGCAAUAUGUAAUGAACCUCUAGGGAGAACAAUUUAGAACUGAUAAAGCUAUCCGUUGCAGAUAAGUUACUAUCUAUCGAUAUGACUACUAUCCACAUGUUAUCUAUAUCCUACCGCAGGCAGUAACAUCCAAUUGAUACAGAAUGGCCCUUACUACCUAUAGACCUCUAGGGAGUUGAACAAUUUAAAACUGAUAGAGCAAUUUGGUAUAUAUAAAGUUGCUGUAGUUUGUUCAACAAUUUAUCCCAGUAAAUGGGAUCCUGUAUAAAGAAUAGAAGAAAAGGUUGUUUAGUUAUAAGUCAAAAGGAAACCCAGUUAAGACAUUUCCCAGAGGAUAAGUUGCUUUAGAAAGCAAAGGAAGGAUAACAAAAUGUGAAAAGAAAGGGAAGAUAUGCAAUGUUAAAGGAACGAAGAAAGUACGUCACAGUGAUACGAAAGUGAGAGUAGAGGCGCGUUUAACUAUCGUCAUGAAUCAUUUUUCAUUCGUAGGUGUUGCGAAUACGACAUCGUUUGAACAGCUGGAACAACUCGCAAGUGAUCUUGUUGAUCAAGUCCAGACCGGCGGCUUAUCAGAGUCUCUGAAUAUCACUGUUCAAAACUUUGCAAUGGCAGAACCUGUUCCUGAGGCUGUCGACCACACUGGAGGAGUAAGAGCUACUAAUGAAUCUGGUAUGUCAAGUUAAAUAGGCCUGGAAUAACAAUGCAUUAUAAAUAUGUCGACUGUAGUGUCGAAAAGAUGGCUCAUGAAUGUAAUUUAGAUUACUUUCAUUUACUUAAACCAAAGUAGCAAAACAUUUCUGAUAUUAUACCUUGUUGCCUUGGAAUUAUAGGUAUAAAUUUAAUUCAGUCAUUUAUUCAUUUAGCAAAACUUUCGAUCGAUGAAACGUCCACUUAAUUGCUUCUCACUGUAUUCCUAACAAGAAGUAACACACCUCUCUUUUAAUUUUAGUUGCAAACGUCACUGGCAAUAAUACAAUACCCUACCACGAACAACAGCAACAGCAAACAGAAGACCAAGGACAAGAAACGGUCUACCAAAUUCCCUCAACAUUAUCAGUCAUAGUUCAACCUGACGAGGCGAACGAAACAGUUCCAUUUGGUAUCCAACCUAAACUAUGGAUGCUUGAUUCACAAGGUGAUCAAGUUAACAGCGUGGGUUAUGCAGAAAUUGGUGCGUGGGUCGUCACUGCAGUCAUUCGAGCUGGUACUGGGGACUCGAAGGCAACAAUUAUUGGUAACAAUACAGUGAAAUUUAACCAAGGAUGGGCGAACUUUACUUCGUUGAGUAUUUCACACAAUGGGACAUACAUACUAGAUUUUCGUAUCUCGAAGCCAGACACCGCCAAUUUCCAGACGUCCUCUCGGCCGUUUACGGUUAAAGAGAGAGAGCUGUAUUUCACUUUUAAAACUCAACCAGGCAAUGGAACCGAAAUGGCUCCUUUACCCGUACAGCCUGUAGUUGAAGUGAGAGAUGCUGCAAAUGGAAUGGUAGUUAAUAAUACUGGUUGGAAAAAUCGUACCUGGUACGCUACAGCUAGUUUGAUGGGUGGCAGUGGAGCACAACUGCUUGGAACCGAGGAGGCAGAAUUUACCGAAGGUGUGGCGAGCUUCAUCGAUCUAAGUGUAGAUAUUGCUGGUCAGGAUUAUCAGAUAGCUGUCGAGACGAGAACGGAGCCUUCGUCGCGGUAUCAGGAGUCGAUUGUUAGUGAAAUAUUUGUCGUCGGAGACAGGGUGUUGUAUUUGGCGGUGGUCGGACAACCUGGGGAUUGUAAUGAUACAGUAGCAUGCGGUGUACAGCCCAUUGUUGAAGUAAGAGAUAGUCACACUGAUGUGGCUGCUGGGGAUCUUGGCUGGCGUGGACGUACAUGGUAAGCAUUGUGAACUAGCUCUAUUUAUACUGGAUAGCUCUAUCAUGUGCACCAGCACUGAAACAGGACCCUCUCUUGUCACAAUAGACAAUACCACCGCCCCUCUCCCCCCUCACAAAUUUUAAUUUUGCUACUUAGGGAGCAUCCUGCACGCUCAUCACAUACACCAAAAUUCGGUAUGCUCAUGAGCAGGCUCAUAUACAUAUAUAUCAAAGUCCGCCCGCUUUUGCCAUUUAUGGACUUUAUUCCUUUAAAAUAACAACAUUCUGAAACUGACCAAAGUCUGUUUCCUUUUAUAUUUUCAUAUUAGGUACGCGACGGUAUCAACAACGAAUGGCAACACCAUAACUGGCGACACUCGUGUACAGAUCCCCAUGUCAGGUCAGCUAACCUUCACAGACAUUGGCCUUAGUGAUGUCGCCUCGGGAGUCAUCUUACAAUUCGGAAUAGAAACUGAACCAGCAUCCUCCUACAACACACUCACAGCCAACUCAAGCGGAAUAGAAGUCAAAGAGCGGCAGUAUUAUUUGGUGGUGGCCCAAGAGGUUAUUGCUGAUCUAGCCCUGCCAUUUUCACUGGUGGUAGAAGUCAGGGAUAUAGGAACGGGUCUGAUUGCUCUACCGUGGAAGGUUUCAAUGACAUUGACUGUAGCUCUAACUGCGAAUCCGUCUAGCGCGAGCUUCACUGGUACACAUACUGUAAAUGUCGUCGACGCUAUUGGAAAUUUCACUGACUUGGAAAUUGAUCAGUUGGGAAGUGGGUAUACAGUGGAAGUCACGUCCAGUGGUGGUCAUCAGGUAGGAAAUCAUAAACUGAACAUUUUGGGAAGUUGAAGGGUUUUGUAGAUGGAAACAUCAAGCGAAGAUUAUACACAAUUUUUAGACCUAACCAGGAGCAGUUGUGAAAAAUGCAACUAUAGGCCCUCUGACAGGAAUCGAACCUGCGGCCCCACGAUUCCGGUGCAGUGCUCUAACCAACUGAGCUAUAGAGUCCAGUUGUCGAGCUCUAACCACCAGUUCUUGUAUAUAAUGGCUGAUGGCAGUACAAGGAAUGGGUAAAUAUCGAGAUAAUCUCUUCACUCUAUCACAACACUAUGACCAAAACUCCACUAACAAUUUUUUCAUUGUUUUAGGUCAAUCAUACGUUCGAUGUUGUAACGCCCAAUGUAUACGCACCAGAAUUUAUACCGGCUGACGGACAAUAUACGGCAAGUAUCCCAGAAGACAGUGGGGUCGGAACCAAUGUUAGUACCAUUCAAGCUACGGAUCAAGACAAUGGAAUCCGUGGGGAGGUGUACUAUAACAUCACUGGCGGCAAUGAUGAAGAUAAAUUUGAGAUUAAUGUGGACUCUGGGCUGGUUCAGACAAUUACAUCGCUGGAUAGAGAGACGACUGCAAGUUAUGUUCUGACAGUAACAGCAUACGAUGGUAGCCUACCACCAAGAAGACGAUACACGCAUGGUCAAUUGACUGUCACCAUUGAGGACAUUAAUGACAGUCCUCCAGAAGUGGUAGGACCACCACUAGUGGUGAUUCCAGAGAAUUUCACAACUGGUGGUGUUUUGACCACGCUCUCGGCGACAGAUGCGGAUGAUGGCGUAAAUGCGAUGGUUACGUUUGAGAUAUCGUCAGGAAAUAACGAUGGGUUGUUUGCAUUGGAUGAAAAUACGGGCAAUCUUACAUUGAAUGGUAGGUGGUGGAGCUGUUUCAUUUCACUAAUGACUUCUUACUCUAUUGUAAUAGUAUUUCGUGAACACCUAAGAAAAUGUUGUUGGUACAGUUGUUAAUGUGUGUAUGUUUCAUGUCGACUGAUUUUUGUUUCUUCGAGCACGCACUUUUCCGGUAAUACUUUCGCCCCGGUACCAUGUGAGAAGAGCGCAUUCAGUUUGCCUGGGGUGCUCUUGGGUACCACUCAAAACUGGAGAUAGGACAAUGGUACAGUCCUACCACAGAGGGAAAUUGGGGUACCUGGAGAAAAUGUGCGGUGUUUGGUAAAGUCAAACUGAAAAUAUUCCUCUUUGUGUGACGAAUUUAGAAUAAGAAAACUUGCAGGAAUUGAACCCUGGUCUCAGAGGUGAACUAAAAGACUUGACAGUAAUGUGCAGUAAUCAUUGUGGCACCAAUACCCUCAUAUUAAAAACUUUUCUAAUGAAAAUUUCCUGUCAUUUUUCAGCAUCCAUCGACUUAGACGCGUUGAGGCAAGAGAACUACACUGUAACAUUGCAAAUCAUCGCCAAAGACAAGGGCGUACCUCAAUUCACCUCUUCACCACUGGAAAUGACGAUCACCGUAAUCAACGUUAAUGAAUUCCACCCGCAGUUUCCGCAGGCGAGCGAUUGGGUAUCUAUACCAGAGAAUGCAACGACUCUUAGCGAGGUCUACCAAGCCAGCGCAAGCGAUGGAGAUUACGGCAAAUUUGGUACCAUUGUCUAUGACAUCACAGCAGGAAACACUGAUGGAUACUUCAGUAUUGCUACGGAUACAGGGAUAAUAUCGACUGCAAAAGAGCUGGAUCGCGAAACUACCCCCAGUGGUUUUGAUCUAACCAUUGAAGCCAGAGGAUUCUCUUGGGCGGCACCUGAAGCCAGUAUGAUACUUCAUGUAAAUAUCACUGACAUUAAUGACAACAGCCCGGUAUUUAGUGCUCAGGUCCCUGCACAAACGGUAUCUGAAACGGCCGAUAUAGAUGAUCUCAUAACUCAAGUGGGCGCAACGGAUAGUGACCUUGGGAUAAAUGCUGAGAUUAGUUUUGCUAUAACUACUGGUAAUACGGAUGACCUAUUUGAGCUUGACGGGGAAACAGGCGAAAUUAAAGUGAAGAAAUCUUUGGAUUUAGAAGGAAAUGACCCACCGCAGAGUCUGAGUUAUAUCCUAACAAUCGAAGCGAGAGAUGGAGGGACUCCAGCUCAAUCGGCUACCAUAGAUGUGGAUAUUUCUAUCACAACAGAAAACGAGUUUACACCUGAGUUUGGCAAUAUAAGCGAGACCAUCAAUGUCACGGAAAACGCUUCUGUGAAUUCGGAAAUAUACGCCGCCGCUGCGACGGAUCUGGAUUACGGAACAGACGGAGAACUCGAGUACUCUAUAACAGCUCAAAAUCCUGCAGGAUAUUUCACUAUCGACUCUCAAGGAAACGUCACCAUAGCACAGGCAUUAGACAGAGAGGUUACACCUAGUGGUAUUACUCUGACCAUUCAAGCAACUGACAAACCAACUAUCGGAACCGCCAAGUUCUCUACAAUGCAACUUAUUGUUCUAAUCACAGAUUAUAAUGAUAACACUCCAGAUUUUACGACUCAGAUCAGUCCGCAAGAAGUGUCCGAGGAAGCAUCAGUUGGUGACGUCAUUGUCCAGGUCGAGGCAACUGAUGCGGAUCUGGGUACGAAUGCCGAAGUCAGCUACAGUAUCACUUCUGGUAACUCUGAUGAUCUCUUUGAAAUUGACGGAGGAACUGGAGAGAUUAAAGUAAAGCAAUCUUUGGACUUGGAGUCAAAUGAUCCACCUCAAAACUUAAGUUAUACACUGACUAUUACAGCGAGUGAUGCUGGUAGUCCACAGCAAUCUAACUCAGUAGAUGUGCAGAUUUCUAUUUUAUCUGAAAAUGAGUAUACACCUGUGUUUGGUAAUGUAAGUGAGACGAUCAAUGUCACGGAGAACGCUUCUGUGAAUUCGGAAAUCUACGCCGCCGCUGCGACGGAUCUGGAUUACGGAACAGAUGGAGAACUCGAGUACUCUAUAACAGCCCAAAAUCCUGCAGGAUAUUUCACUAUCGACUCUCAAGGAAAAGUCACCAUAGCACAGACAUUAGACAGAGAGGUUACACAUAGUGGUAUUACUCUGACCAUUCAAGCAACUGACAAACCAACUAACGGAACCGCCAAGUUCUCUACAAUGGAACUUAUUGUUCUAAUCACAGACUAUAAUGAUAACACUCCAGAUUUUACGACUCAGAUCAGUCCGCAACAAGUGUCCGAGGGAGCAUCAGUUGGUGACGUCAUUGUCCAGGUCGAGGCAACUGAUGCGGAUCUGGGUACGAAUGCCGAAGUCAGCUACAGUAUCACUGCUGGUAACACCGAUGAUCUAUUUGAAAUUGACGGAGGAACUGGAGAGAUUAAAGUAAAGCAAUCUUUAGACUUGGAGUCAAAUGAUCCACCUCAAAACCUAAAUUAUACACUGACUAUUACAGCGAGUGAUGGUGGUAGUCCACAACAAUCUAAUUCGAUGGAUGUGCAGAUUUCUAUUUUAUCUGAAAAUGAGUUUACACCUGUGUUUAGGAAUGCUACGGAUAGUGUUUCUGUCCGCGAGAAUGCAACAGUUGAUACUGAGGUAAGAUUAAAUAUGGUAUGGUUUCUGUGGUAUGUUAUGUUAUGGUAUAAUAUAGCAUGGCUGUGUGGUAUGGUACAGUAUGGUAUGUCGUAAGAAACUGAAAUCCACUUUUUAAACUCAUUCACACUCUUUACUUACAGGUGUACACAGCAGCAGCCACGGAUGACGAUUAUGGCAGUGAUGGUAAUGUCCAGUAUUCAAUAAUCAACCAAACCUCUGGGUACUUUGAAAUUGACGCUAACUCAGGCAGAAUUACAAUCCUCCAAAUGCUGGACCGUGAGACUACCCCAGACGGCAUAUCAUUGGCAAUUCAAGCAGUGGAUUCACCGAGUUCUGGCCAGCCGAAAUCAACCAUCAUGCGCCUUGAUAUCCAAAUUUCCGACUACAACGAUAACCAACCUGAGCUCGAUGAAGUACCAGAACAGCAAGUUUCAGAAAACGCCGAGAUCGGAGAUGUCAUAGUAACGGUACAAGCAACGGAUGCCGAUGAAGGAAUCAAUGCAAAUAUUACAUACAGUAUCACAUCUGGAAGUUCGCCGUUUGAAAUCGAUUCUCAAACUGGUAAAAUCAAGGUUAGAGAAUCAUUGGAUUUGGAAAGCGGCAACCAUAACCCAGAUUUCAAGUAUACCUUAACCAUAGAAGCUCGCGAUGGAGGCGUACCUUCACUGGCCUCAGAAAUUGACGUCAUCAUUCAAGUGAAUGGAGAAAACGAGUUUGAUCCUACGUUUGAGAAUCUAACAGAUGUUAUAUCAGUCCAAGAAAAUACUACGACAUCAACUGUAGUUUAUACUCCUGUGGCUUCGGACGACGACCAAAGUACCGAUGGUGAAUUAGAAUUUACUUUGGUGGACAAGAACGGUGAAGAUUACUUCAGCAUUAACCCUAGUUCUGGUGAGGUAUCAGUCGCCAAACAGUUGGACUACAUCGCAACUCCAUACGGAAUAAACCUCACAAUUACCGCAACCGAUAAACCACUUGAUCCAAGUACAGCGAGAAACGCAAGUAUGGACCUGACUGUAAAUGUCAUCUAUGUUGGAAACACCGCCCCGAUAUUCCCCGAGGCUUUAGACACCGAAGUAGCUGAAGAUCACGAAGUGGAUGCAGUUAUUUUAACAAUAGAUAUCACGGAUGCAAACCCUGGCCCCAACGGACAAGUUUGGUUUGGUAUUGAUGAUGGAAAUUCUUUAGGAUUCUUCAGAAUUGAUGAAAAUUCAGGACAGAUUAUUCUUAAUAAGUCGCUUGAUUUGGAAACACCAGGUCCUCUGCUGUCACACACUUUAACAAUCAGAGCUACAGAUCGUGGAACUCCGCCAUUGUCCUCGAUUAAAUCCUUGACUGUAACUGUCUCAAGUGUGAACGAGUUCACACCACAGUUCAGUACGGCUAGUCAUACAACCAGUAUUGGCGAAGAGGUUCCAGUUUCUACAGAAGUCUACCAAGCAACGGCUAGUGAUUUGGAUUAUGGUAGCGAUGGCGAAGUCAUGUUUUCAAUCGCAUCUGGUAACGAGGCAGCAUAUUUUGAAAUUGAUCAAAAUAACGGAUCGGUUACUACGGUGAGCUUGCUUGACCGCGAGGCUUAUCCCGACGGAAUUGAUCUUGUGCUUUUUGUAACAGAUAAAGCUGACGAAGGCGCCACCAAGAACUCGACAAUGGCUCUGCAUGUAGAUUUUGUUGAUGUUAAUGACAACAAGCCUGCCUUUAACGGGCCAAUAGCGCCACAAGAUGUUUCAGAAAUGGCAACAGUUGGUCAUAAUAUUGUACAGGUCCAAGCAACCGAUGCCGACUUGGGUCAAAAUGCAGAAAUCUCAUACAGCAUCAUUGAAGGCAACUCACUUGGGUACUUCGACAUCGAUUCUGAAACUGGACAAGUUACGGUACGAACGUCUUUGGAUUUGGACGCCGACAGUCAAACACAUUCAGACGACCUGAAGUACACGCUCACCAUACAAGCUCAGGAUAACGGGACCCAACCUCAGAGUAAUACCACAAAUGUUGAAAUCACGAUUAUAUCAGAAAACGAGUUUACACCACAGUUUGCAGAUUCCAGUGAUACUGUGGAUGUCAGCGAGGAUACUAAUGAACAAACUGAAAUCUACACAGCUCUUGCAACUGAUGGUGAUUUUGGGCCAGAUGGUCAAAUUACAUACAGUAUCAUCACAGAGAGUCAUGCUGGAUACUUUGCUAUCGAUUCGGGAUCAGGGAAGGUUACAGUGUCCAAGAGUUUAGAUCGGGAGGCAAUUCCUGGAGGCAUAACCUUGACUAUCCAAGCGGCAGACCAACCCGAGAUUGGAGUAACUAACACAGCCACGAUAGAUGUACAGAUUGCCAUUACGGACGUUAAUGACGAAGACCCGGUAUUCAAUGGAUCUAUCUCUGCAAAAGAAGUAUCUGAAGAGGCAACAUCUGGUACCCUAAUCACUCAACUGCAAGCAACGGACCAAGAUCUAGGAGACAAUGCUAAGAUCUCGUAUAGUAUCACAAGUGGUAACUCGUUAGGAUUCUUUGAUAUUAACUCAGAAUCGGGCGAAGUGACAGUGGCAAAAUCUUUGGACUUAGAAACUGCAACACACGCACAAGGGUUAAGCUAUACUCUUGCAAUAACAGCUACGGAUUCCGGACAACCACCUAGAUCUGCUUCGGAAAGUUUGGGUAUCACAGUCACAAGUGUAAACGAAUUUUCACCCCAGUUUGAGAAAGCUGACGAGUACAUUACAGUCGCUCAUAGCACUCCAGUGUCUGAGGUAAUAUACGAACCACAAGCUACGGACCAGGACUUUGGGGCGGAUGGAGAACUUCAAUACACCAUGAGCUCUUCAAAUAAUAACGGCUACUUUACUAUUGAUCAAAGUAACGGAAAUAUUUCAGUUGCAACAGUGCUAGACUACACUGCAGUACCAGAUGGGGUUAACAUCACGAUCACUGCAACAGAUCAGGCGAUCGUAGGAACACCUAAAACCGAUUCAAUGCAGUUAAACAUUGAAGUUAGAUAUGUCGAUAAUACUGCACCAGUGUUUUCCGAAAGCAUUCCGGAUGAUGUAAGUGUUAGAGAAAACUCAACCGUUGAUACAGUUGUUGUGAAUGUUCCAGCAACCGACACGAACCCAGGGAUAAACGGAGAGAUUAAGUACUCUAUACUUUCUGGUAAUGAACUUGAUUUCUUCAAAAUCAGCGAAGACGGCGGUGCUGUGACAGUUAACCAGAGUUUGGAUUUAGAAACCAAAACUCAUGCACCUAAUGCAAGAUAUGUGUUGACAAUACAAGCUCAAGAUCAAGGAACUCCACUUUUGUCUGCUACUAAAGUAGUGAAUGUUCAAGUUAAUGCAGUGAAUGAGUUUACACCAAGUAUUGUGAAUGCAAUCGCUCCACAAGUGUUGAGGGAAGAUACUUCGGUUAACACUCCAGUUGUGCAAGUAACCGGUAGAGAUCAGGAUUACGGAGAUGAUGGAAGAUUGACCUAUACUCUUACCGGUGGAAAUCAAGAAGGAUAUUUUGAUAUCAAUCAAACCACAGGUAAAGUAGAAACCUCAUUGCUGUGGCUUUGUAGACCCUUAAAAAGCUUGGUGGACCUCCAGGAAGAACAGUUUAGAACUGACAUGCAUAGCUUUUCAGUAUAAAUACAGUUAGUUUAGUUUGAUAGUAAGUGAGUUUAGUAGAAAAUUGACGGAAAUAUUUUUUCAUUCAAGGUGUGAUCUUCUUGGACAAAGCAUUGAAUUAUAAAACGACAAAGGAAUACUUCUUGACGGUAGGAGUGGAAGACAAUGCGCCUGUAGGAGAUAGACGUUCAGUUGAAACUCCCGUUAAUAUCACAGUCUCUUUCACACCAGACAAUACAAGCAGCGAUCCUGAGGUUCUCACUGAACUGGAACUGACAUUCGGAGAUGCAGACUACGAUGCAGUUGUUCUUGGCAACGAAGCAAAUUUCAUUGUAGAAAUUAAGAUAUUGUUGAGCCAGAAAUACCCCAAUGCGAUUUUCCUCCACAUCACAGUACGAAAAGGUAGUAUUAUUGUCAAUUUCGAGAUGAUCACAAGUCAGUCACAGCAGACUGCGGUGUUGAACCAGAUAUCAAGCGAUGUGAACUCGCCCGGGGGACUGCAGUUGGAGAUAAAUGGAACAACAAUAACGUCGAAUGAUUUGAAACGGAAUGGAACGACGUACACGGCGCCUGGGAAUAAUGACGACGAUAGUUCCACAGUGGUAAGUUGUAGUGGAAAGUUCCUUCAGAUCUGUAAACAUGUUGUAAACGAAGUUGUUGUCAAGCCGAUAUCAGGAUAUAAGUCUGGUAUCACCUUGUCACAAGAUUUAUGACGGUAACAGAUUUGCUAGAAGUUGUUCCAGCAAGACUAGUACAGGUUGUUCGUAACAAGUUGCUACGAGAUUGUCGUCAUCAACAUUCAACUUGUUAACAACUUGUUACGUGCAGAUUAUUAUUUUUAUUACAUUAUUAUUAUUAUUACUACAUUUUUCUUUCUUUAGUUACCAGUCGUUAUUGGAUCAGUGGCAGGUGGAUUGUUGUUGAUUGGCGUGGUGGUCGCCACAAUCCUCACGUGUUACUCUAGCUACAAGUCGGAAAGGAGGAAACAAGCUGGCAUGUUUUCAAACACGGGCUACCUCCCCGAACAGGAACACCCUCCUCCUUCUUACAGGAGUGGUUCCCGUGUGCCUUCGAUGUACAGCCGCAGGCCACCCAGUCAUGCGAGAAGAAGUGCAGAGCCAAGUGUCGCCGGAGCAAUACCAAAGCAGACGAGAGUGAGUCAGAUGGUUUACAUUCUUACUUAUUAGCGAACUACACUAAAAACUACUGUUGUUAAGACGGCUAAUAAUAUCAUUUUAAUACAAGAAAAUGAGCAGAAAUUAACGAUUAAAAUCACACGCGAGUUUUAAACGUCGCCGUUGCUCUGUUUACAGCAGCAAAAUACAGAUUAUCACGUCUUGUAUAGAACGCUUGCAUGUCAAGAUAAAUGUUACUUUCAAUUGGGUCCUAGAACUCUUCUCCAUCUUAAAUGUUCUCUAUUUUUCUUCGCAGGGAAGCAAUCACGACAUACUUCGGCCAAGUACAGCAACGAGUCAGUCACGCUCAGCUUUCAGAGGUAUUUCCCCAACUAGUUCCAAACCCCCAUCGAACAUCGGAUCCUACUACGAACCUUCAACUCGUGCCCAGGUACCAGGGAAACCCGGAUCGAUCGCUUCCCAGAAUCCCUACACUUCGGUCUCAAUGCCUUCAUCUCCGGCACGACACACGUCGAACUAUGACAGUCGAGCAAGCUCCAGCAGUGGUUAUGAAAAGCUGAACUCUCAGCGGGGUGCUGGGUACGAGUCGCUUGCUGGCAGUUAUGAUAAAAAGCCAUCGAUUGCGGGAUCUUCUAAACUGAAUCCUGUGUUUGACGAGUCGUUGAGCACUGCUGUUUCAAUUCAAUCUGGCUCCAAGUAUGGAAGUAAGUGAUACCUUGGGUUCUGUGGUGGAGUUCUGUGUUUGGGAUUUUGGUAGCUAUGUAUCAAGUUAUUUGAGUAAAGUUUAUGUUGUUCUUCAGUUGUAUGUGGAAAAAGUACUGCCAGUUUGACUCUACCAAUCACAGCAGGUUUUGUCUGGGUAACCUUUCUCCCCUCCUCUUGUAACACUGGACCAAUACGGGAUGGGAUUAAACCUCUAGCGAGAAGAGUUUAUACACAACUGAUAGAGCUAUACAGCAUAAAUGUCAGUUGAGUUCCUCCUGGAGUAACUCUGGAGCAUGAAGAGAUUGCCCUUAAAUUACUGGACCUCUAAGGAAAGCAGUUUAGAACUGAUAGAGCCAUCCAGAAUUCUCAUUGUUAGGAUUGCGAUUGGGGGCAGAUGGCAUGAGGUGGACAAAUGUCUAUAAAAGAAUUCUGGCCUCUACCUUUAAUCCAUUAUAAUUAACAAUUUCCACCUCCUCUAGGUGUCCAACACCGCAAAUUCUUCGUGAAUUUGGUGACGCCAAACACUGGCUACAUGUUCCAACGCUUGGGAGAUGUCAGAGUGAACAUUCAAGGAAGUUUGACGGAACUCCGAGGAAUUUUGGACGCUAAGCUUGGAAACACGACGGAGCUGAGAAACAAGCGUUAUAUCUUUGUCGACAACGACUUCAACAACAUCGAAGGGAGUCGCGAAGAUCGGACCCCGGUGUCGAGCGUCUACAUGUCCAACGUCAAAAUAAAGAUCAUUGGCUGA